AUAAAAAAACUUACUAAAAUAAUUUAAAUUUUUAAAUAAAAAAAAUUAAUAUCAAAUUUCAAAAUUAGUAAAAAUUUCAAAAAUAAUUCCAAAAAAGUGGCAACUCACAGCAAAUAAAAGUUAAAAUAAAAAACUCAAUUUUGUCACAUCUGUCUUGCGUUGUUAUACAACUGAAGUGUUUUUUUGUUUUGAAACGCCCUCAUUUUUCGAAAGUCGCGCUUUUUGACAUUAUUUAUUGGCGACGAACGUGAAAAAAACAACAACAAAAAAAUUUAAAAUAAUAAAAAAUCACAAAAACAACACUAGUCACAUAUAUAAAAUCAACCAGCAUAUCAACGACAACAACAAAAAUGAGGAACCUUAACAACAACAACAGCAGCCAGCGUACUGCAGCGAAAGUAAUUGCAACAUGCCUCAUCUUGUGCGUUUCCAUGCAAAUGUGCUGCGGCUCGGCGAUACCGAUUUGGGAAUUUUUGACGCGCAAUGAAAAGAUGUCGUAUCUCUACUCGACGUUCGGUCAAUUGGUCAGUGUGCAUUGCAAAGCCACCGCCGCCACCACAGCGAUGCCAGUGAACGAGUGUAAGCGCGAUUUGCUCGCCUAUGGCUAUGAGAAACUACAAACGUUCAGCGACUCACAACUGGAUCUGCUGGAUCCAUAUCAACGGGCUGCCAAUGAACUUAUUUGGUCUUCCAUCAUGCGCAAUCAUCCAAGUUCAACACUGAUCACCACACGCAAACCUUUGCCAACACCCCCUGAUUCUUCACUGAUCAUACUCACACAUCAAAAGCCUGCCAACACAGCUGCCGCCACUGGCGCACACAGCCAGAAUCCACUCUUCGACGGUGAAGGCGAGAACAAACAUAAAUUCGCAAUGGAUAUGGAUAUUACCUAUGGCUAUGGCAAUGGACAGACAGAUAAUCUAAAGACUUCCUCCACGGAGACUUUCCUCAGUGGCCCACUCGUGUUUCGUGUGCGUCCCGAUGGCAGCCCAGUCGAGGAGGAUCAAAACAAACCGCUGCCACGUGAUGACGAUCUGGAAGCCUAUCAAUUAAGUGGCACUAGCGCAAGUAAUGGUGCUUCAAGCGCCGCUCAGGUCACGCCUGCGGUUGUUGGUCAGCCGAAACAUCGCAAAAUUGCUAUGAUCAGUGAUCUGAAGCAGCAGCAUUUGGCCUCGUUGGCAUUGCAGCGUGAUUUGCAACCGCCUUAUGAACCAGCACGCGUACGCCGCCAACAACAACAACUAUCUACAGCUGGACGUGCAAUUCCACUAACACAAUCAUUCCAUGCUUUGCCCUUUGCUGGCUACUACUAUGCCAAGGGUCAGGCGUAAAAUUGCUUUGAAUCCGAAGAGAAAUAGAAGAAAUGCGAGCAUAGCAGAAAAGUAGCUUAGAUAAUCAACAUUAAGCUUAAUAAUUUGUUGUGGAAUUCAGGCGCUACAAUUUUAAUAUGGAAUUUUUGCCUUGAAAUCAAAUCAUAUUGUUCGUAUAAUGUUUUAUUGUUUGGAAAAGUAGUUUUCUAAAAUCAUCAUCAAUCAUCUAUAAAUUACAUAAUUUUACUAAAAUGAGUAUAGUUUAAAGUUUAGUUAGUAAAAUUAUUGGUGUGUUUGAGAGCUUGUGUAUGGUAUUUUUUUAUAACUGUAUGUUUGUGUGUAUUUUUAAGUUACUUGUAAAUUAAAUUCUUCAAUUUUGUUUGAAAAUUUAGUUUUAAGCCACAAAUCUUAUUUUAUACAUUUAUAGACUUACUUGUGGUACUCUAUUGAAUUUUGUAUAUCUACAAAUAUACUAUAACUAACGA